GCUUCCACUCUUGCCGAAGCAGCUCAGUUUUGCUCACAAAGGAAAAGGGAACACGGACGCUACACGAGUGAAUAAUAACCAAACUUCUCAUAGACUAAUCAGAAUGUGAGAUGGCAACCAGUGAGCUGUCAGCAUGGGAUGGAUGUUAUACAUCACAGUUAAAGAUCGUCCUUCUUGGUGGCAGAAACUCUGGAAAAAGCUCUGUAGGGAACUUCCUUCUCGGAAAAGAGGAGUUUGUCACCAAAGAGAGGACCACCUGCUCCCGGAGGCUGGGCAUGGUGGCCGGACGGUGGCUCACAGUGGUGGACACCCCCGGCUGGUGGUGCGACUUCAGUGCUCAGGACACAUCUGAGCUGGUGAAGAGGGAGAUUAUAAGCAGCGUGUCUCUGUGCUCACCAGGCCCGCAUGUAUUUCUAAUCACCAUCAAGGCGAGCUCGGCCUUCACAGAGAGGCGACGGCGGGCGGUGGAGGAGCAUGUGGCCCUGCUGGGUGAGAGGGUGUGGAGUCACUGCAUGGUUGUCUUCACCUGCACUGACAGGAUGAAACCCUCUGAAACAGAGGAGCGUGCACAAACAGAGGCUCUCCGCUGGCUCAGUGAGAGGUGCGGUCAGAGGAGUCACAGUGUUUACCUGAGUAAUAACACUGAGGUCACAGAGCUGCUGGAGGAAAUACAGAAACUUGUCAGAGGAAAUGGAAACAGGGAGUUUGAAAUGCAGGAGAACAUUUUACAGGCGACUGAAGAAGAGAAGAGAAGAGUGGAGGAGAGAGCUCAGAGGAGGUCGAUGAGGGUUAAAGAACAUAGAUCUCUCAUGCAAGAGAGGCUGCGACCCAUCACUGACAUCCGGAUUGUGCUGGUGGGAGCAAAGGGUUCUGGGAAGACUUCAGCACUUAACACUAUCCUGGGCAGGGACAGCACUCAGCCACUCAGGAGAACAGCUCAGUGUGUGGUUGAUAAGGGAGUGGUGUUCGGGAGACAUGUGACCGUGGUGGACACGCCGGGCUGGUGGAUGAACUACUUCUGUAACGAGAGCACCAUCUUUGACCUGAGGGAGCUGGUGCUGAGUCCGUCUCUGUGUCCUCCCGGGCCCCAAGUCUUCCUGCUGGUGGUACGCGUGGACAGGGCCUUCACGGAAACCUACAGGAGAGCGGCGCAGGAGCACCUCCAGCUGAUCAGCGAGCACAUCUGGAGUCGUGUCGUCCUGCUGCUUAGUUUCGCGGACUGGCUUGGGGGCACGACCACUGAGCACUACCUCGAGAGCGAGGGGGAGCCUUUGCGGUGGCUCGUGGAAAGAUGCGGCAACAGGUAUCACGUUCUGAACAAUAAAACCACAGGAGAUGGAUUUCAAGUCAGAGAGCUGAUUGGGAAGAUUGAGUUGUUGCUUGCUGGGGGCGAGCAGUAUUAUGAAAUAGAGAGGAACUUGAUGGAACAGAUGGAGGUGAAGAUGAGAGGGGAGAAUGAGAGAGCCCAGGAGAGACUAAUGAUGAAGGAGAAACACAGGCAGAUGGCGAAAUCUCAGCUGGGAAAGCUCAACCCUCUCCCACAAAUGAGGAUGGUUCUCUUGGGUGGCAAGAAAACCGGCAAGAGCUCCUGCGGAAACACAAUCCUGAGCAGAGAGUGCUUCCACACGGACGCACAAACCACUUCCUACACUGAACAACACGGAGAAGUCAGUGGCAAGAUGGUCACGGUGCUUGACACACCAGGUGGCUUCUCUGUGACCUCUGACCUCCUCGGGGCUCCUUCAUCCUGCGCUAUCCUGCUGGUGGCUAACGCGAGCUGCUCCUUCACAGAUGCCCACAGGGAGGACUUGGAGAAACAGCUGGAGGCAGGAGGAGGCCAGAUGUGGUGCAGAGCCCUGGUGCUGUUCAGCCACGGUGACUGGCUGGGCGACACAAGCAUCGAGCAGCGCAUCGAGAGUGAAGGAGAACCGCUGCAGGGGCUGGUGGAGAAGUGUGGGAACAGAUAUCAUGUCCUGAAUAAUAAAGACCUGGGGGAUGGAGCUCAGGUUAAUGGGCUGAUGGAGCUGAUGGAGGAGAUGUUGGCUGAACAGAGGCGCGCGGCUCUUCACCGAGGUGAUCACAUGUGGGAAAGUGUCUCUGCGGCAUGUGGGCAGGAGCCACACAGUAAAAAAGAUUUAAAGAUGUCCUGUGACUCGACUGAAUCAGCCACUCCCAAAACACAAGCACCAGGUAACAGCUCAGAAGGGACAAAUGCCGGGGGUCAGAUAGUGGCAGUACCAGCAGGAGGCGCAAGGGGACAGACCGGAUCCUCCGUCCAGGGCCGAGACAGAUUCAUGUCCAUCUUAGUCUCUAUGCUCUCUGGUCAAAAAGGACUGAGGUGCACCGCUGCAGGGCAACAGAGAUUAAAUGUAAAUCUGCCCAUCUACUCCCCAGCUGCUGAUGCUCACAGCCGCCUGAUACGGAACGGUGAAAGCCAAGUGUGUCCGUACUCACCCACACAUCCAACUAUGCUUUUGAUUUUAGGUCAAACUCAGAGCGGGAUGCUUACAGAGGAAAAUGUCUUAAAUGUACAUUCUCUUGGCUUUCCUGCCCUGAGAGAGCGGACCCUCAGGAGGCUCACGGAGGCAGGAGGCCUGCAGCUGCUGAUCGACCAAUGGGGCGACAGCAGCCUGGAGGAACUGGAGGCCUUCAUAGACGAGUACUUCGAGAUGGUGUGGGAACAAACCAUGGGGUCAUGUCAGCCCACCGAGCCCAUCCCACCUGCCACGGAGCGGGACACCUUGGUCAGGGAGGUGGGAGAGGAGGAGGUGCUCUCGUCCAUAGAUAGGAAACUGUCUAAGCUGGAGCUCCUGGAGGAGAUCAGGAGCGAUCUGAUAAAGCUGAAGGAGAGUCUGGAGCAGAGCUGGAGGGUCAUACAGGAACUCAGAGACAAACAUGAACAAGACCCCAACAAUUUAUGUUAAUACAGAGUACUUACAUAGUACUGACUGUUAUUUAUUAUUCAAUUAUCAUUUCACUUGGAGUAUUGCUUUAAUUGAUUCACAUUAACAAUGUAAAUAUAUACGUUAUAUUGAUCUAUUAUUAUAUGUCAAUAAGAUAAAACUGUAUUGAACCUGUGGAGAACAUUUUACAAGCUACCCAGCAGUAUAUAAAUUGUAUAUUAUGUUAUUGGAAUGUAUAUUGAUGUGUAUAUCAUUUUGAUUUUGGAGCUGGUAAAUUAUUCUGAAAGGGGCCAUUCUGCAUAAUGAGUACUAUUAAUAUUGGCACAUUAAAUAUAUUUGAUGCCUGUUAAAUACAGGACUUUACAGAUUGUAUUUCUACACAGUGGUAGUUGUGCUUCAUUAAAUGAUUUUAGAACUUCUGUGGUUGCGUUAUGACAUUUCUCCACAGGGGGGAGCUCUUGUAUAAGAGUGGGUGGUAUUAUACUGAUCCACCAAACUACAUUUGUUUUUCCUAGAACUCUUUGGAUGGAUUAAACGAAGUAUGUCUUGUGGUUUGUUACAGCACCAAAUACCACACAGAAGAAAGCAAACUAUAACUAUUUUCCUCCAAAUAUGCACCAUAUACACAACAAUACAUGAUAAAAAAUUGUUUUCUUUGUUGAGAUUUGUUAAGUUGUUUUGCCCUAAAUCUCAGAUUCUGAGCAUGUAU